CAAUGAUGAGCAUAUGUACAUGGCCCAUGCAAAAGACAAGUACUACUGGGCUCAACUAAGGGCUGCUCUCACUGCAGGUCAAUGGUCGUCUCCUUCACCCGGAACAGCUCAAAAUAGCUCCCCGUUAUCUUGGUUUCAUAUCCUACGCAAGUUCAACAAGCACUGUAAAGGUUUCCAAGACGUCGCAGAGGUCGCAUCACAAACUCAAGCUCUAUUUUUGCUGCUCGGAGCAGACACAGAGGACGUGGAUCAGCUAGGUUUAGAAAAUGAUGACGAGCUCGUUCUUGGCGACGAGUGUCUCUUACCACUGGAGCGAAUAGAGGAGGCUAGAGGCGGGUAUGAGAUAUUGAGGAGUCUGGACAGCAAGAAUUUCGAUUCUCUACAGCAUGCGCUUGCGCUCUACGCGUAUGCCUUCGGCCAGUUCUCGGAAUGCCUUUCUUACUUGUUAAAAGUACCGAAGCUGCUCGAGGCGCAGAGUCAUAUACCUCCAUCUUUUACCACUCGUUCAGAUAAUUCCGCACUUCAAGUACCUGGAUCAAUUACUGAAACCUCAUCCUCAUGGACUGGCAGUUUUGUUUCCGCUGACUUUCCUGGUUCGACAGCUGACAUCAAGGAUGGGAGAGCUUGGGCAAUCAUCGAAUCCAUAAGAAGCACAUGCUUACAAGGCAUGUGUUGCGAAAAAUUGUCACAACCCAAGAAAGCAAUCCAAGCCUACUCGAACGCCCUUCCACUUCUGAGUAGCAUCGAGUCCGAGAUACCACGGACACUCGUUGCCACACACUCAUCUUCCGCCUCAUUUGACAACUACCGCGAGCUAUGGCGUUGGACAGAACGUCUCAUGUUCAGGACCAUCUCACUCCUUUCACGGCUUUGCCGUCUGGACGAGAACGAUGGCCUUAUUUGGACCAUGUUCACCCAUUAUCACGUUUGCAGCGCGCAUUGGCCGGCGACAUUUCGCACAGGUCACCGCUCCACAGUUGCAGUCCUUUACCUCCGAGCGUUAAUCAUCCAAUAUCAGACGUCAUCAGCUACAGCCACUCCUAAUUCGUCACUUCAGUCAGCGAAACCACUUCAAUGGAUAAGUACUGCUCGCUCUGUCAUCCACGAAUAUCGCACAAUUUUAGGAACUUGCACUACUUUCCCCAAGGCUGGUGAACGCAAUGUCAAAGUGGAGGAUUUUGUAGACUUGUGCGUGGCAGUGUGGGAGACCAAUGGAGCCAUGUCUGACCGUGUCCGUUGGGUUCUCGAUAUACUCUGGUGGGCUACCCGCCUGACCUUCAACUCAUAUCGUAUUUACCGACAUAUGACACGACUGCUUUCUAUUUCCGGCGACGCGGAGCUGGCUAAACGUACCCUGAGGUUAUAUGUUCAAGUCGUUUCAAAAGCACGAGAAGCAGGUGUGGAUAAUGACUUUGAUACGGAUCGUCAUUGGGUUGAGACGCUUAUCAAUGGUGCCCGGAUGCUCUGUCGUCUUACCAUCUCACGCCAGGAUGGUAUCGACGAUGCCAAGGAGGCAGGGGACAUGAUCGAAACGGCGAAAACGAGGCUGGAUGAGGACGACAAGGAGAUGGUGGCGAGAGUCGCACUGGCCGAAGGCGUAUAUUACACAACACUGGCAAUCAUAGAGCAGGACCACUACACGCGACAGGCUCGUCUAGGUCGCGCCCUCGCUGCCUACUUGAAGUCUGUCGCGACCUACCCUACACCUGCUGCGCAUCAUCAACUCGCGAUCGCACUUUCUUUACCUGGAAGUUCGCAAAAUGUGGACGAAGCGAUCGUAUCCGCUCGCGUAGCUGUUGAAGACGAUGCUGAUGAGAUUCGACAUUGGCAUCUUCUUGGCUUGUUACUUAGUGCUAACGGCGAGUGGGAGAAGGCGGCCGGUGUUUUAGAAGUGGGCGCAGAUCUAGAUGGAGCAAGCAGGAUGCGGAAAGUUCAUGCUAGACUCGACGCGGAAAAUACUGCCGAUGACAUCGUGGUGAAAACACCUGUGGCUAAUGGUAUCCAGGCUAAAGACUUUGAAUUGGACCAUCAGCACGCACAAGCAAACGGUCAUUCAAAGCUUUCAGCUGCACAUCUACCGCCAAAUGAUGCUGAUGGUCCGAUAUCUGAGCACAAGAGGCUUCUUGAUCCACAGGCAACCACUAUACCCCCAUCUGCCACUCUCCUCCGACCAUUACCCGACCACCCGCUGCCUUCUCCUUGCCCUGAAGGUGCAGAGGGGCGGUGGGUUGACGUAUUUGGCUGGGUUGCGGAACGUAAAGGGUCGCCCUCCACCUCAGGGUCUAUGACAGAGACGCAGCCGAGGUCGUCGAUAGAUACUGGUACCGGCGCCAGGACUACACAAACGUCAUCAGUGCUGCAUCAGCCAACGCAAGACCCACUGAAUGAAAAAGGUCCUAGUGCAGACCAGCAUGGAUCUCUGGGUCUUUCUCUUGGUCAACAAGACCUCCCAUUAUCGGAGCUUCCGCCAAUUACCGUCACACCUGCAACGCCGGCUGAGCCACAUCGUCAUUUUCCAUUCAGCAUGGAUGAGAAGGAAUCGCUGAAGGGUAGACGCUCCUCUUCAGCAGAUGGCACUGGUAGGAAAGUGCAACAGAUGCUGAAAGCCCAUGUCCAUAAAGGGCAGGAAAGGAUCAGUACUAUUUCGAGGAAACUCGGACACGGCGUUGUGCGAAACGGAUAUUUGAAGAGGACAAGCUCGGCACCAGACUUUCAUGCUGUGCUACAGAACCAUAACUAUCAAGCGUCGUCAAUACACUCCCGCCGUCGGCUACGUUCUCUGAUUCGUCAUAAUGCAGCUGCCGCACCCAUCGAGUCACCACCCGCUCCACCUCCCCCUCUUCCUCCGGUGCCGGAGGAAACACCUACGCUCCACGCGACGAAGAACGACAAGCUCAUAAGCGACAUUUGGGCUAUGUCUGCUGCCACUUUUCGACGACUUGGUAAAAUCGAACAAGCCAAAGGCGCAAUCCAAGAAGCAGAAGUCAAAGACUCUGAAAAUCCUGCUGUUUGGGUACAGCUUGGGCUAUACUACAUGACGCUAGAUCGUAAUAGAGAGGCUCUAGAAGCUUUUCAAAAAGCCCUGUUUAUAUCGCCUGACGAUAUCGCUGCAUCUGUGCACUUGUGUCGCGUCUACCUUUCCACGAAGUCUUCGACUGAUGCAGUUGACUCGGAUAAGGUUGAUCUAGUUGCUGGGAUUCUCGGCCACGUCACCCGAGGACCUGGCUGGAACGUUCCUGAGGCCUGGUACUACUUGGCCAUGGCAUACGGGCUACAGGGCCGCAAGGACAAGGAGCGGGAAAGUCUCACGACAGCUUUGACGUUGAGUGAUCGCAGGAGUAUUAGGGAUAUUGGGCGGGCUGUGGGUUGGUGUUUGUGAUUUGUACAUGUGGUCAACUUGAAGGUUCGGCGUUUGAUUUAUAUAACGUCCCACUCAGAUAUCUACCUACUGCUGACUCUGUACGACAAUUAUAUAGAUGGUGGCCUUUUACGCUACUGUUCGAUGACGCGUUUUAUUUAUUCUCAGUUUUUGGUCCUGGAUCAGAAGGUUU